UACAUCUCUUCAGUGUGUAUCAAUAAGUCGUGCAACAUGCCUCCACGACGAGAUCCUCGUUCAGGCCACAGUGCCAACCCCAAUCAACCAAAUCAACCAAGCCAGCACAAUGCGCCAAAUCAGCGAAAUUUGCCCAAUACCGCGGUCCAGCAGAACCAGACACCGGCUAUGCCCGUCGGCCAGUCCAAUAUCCUGAGUCACAUGCAUCCAGUCCAUCUACGAGAUGCUAGGGGUCUGUCAGAGGACAGCGUCGAGCUGUGGCUGCAAGCCAUUAAGACGAGACUCGAAAACAAUGAAUUGGAACCCGUGCGCCUCUCCGUUCACGUUGAAUACCAAUACGUAUUUACAUAUGAACGCGGGCCGGAAGUCCGAGAUCGUUUCACGGCUCUGUGGAACGUUUACAAUUCAAAGGUCGCUGAACUCUCUUGGGAAGAGCGGCAGCCAUUUACUCAAAUGACCACACUCCAAAGCUUGGCCAGUAGAUAUGCUAUCGCACGCAAUUCUUUGACGACGCCGCCGAACGCAGCGCAGACGGCCGCAAUACAGCAGCGUCACCGACAGCAGCAAGGUGCCCAGGCGCAACAAGAGCGUCAAUUGCCUACCCCCAUAGCGUACCAAAUGACGAUAAACCAUCUCAGCCAGGAGCAGGCGCAGCUGUUGAGGCAAAUCACGACUACAUUCACUUCGAGCCCCCAAGAUCCCAUCACAACGUCUGUGCAGCAAGAGCCGGCUCAAGUAGCUACUCCGUCACGUUCGCGUACUGCCGCUGCAGUCAACAAUCCUGGAGGUCACUCUCCAAUGUUUUCAGCUUCACGGGUGCCCUCGUCAUAG